AUGCAACAACGAGAAUUUCAAAGCCCCAUCCGUUACCAACAAAACAAAACAAAACAACCCACCAAAAAGGAAAAGGAAACAGAACUUCCUAUACCAUACCAUACCUAUCCCAUGGCACCCCAUCGUGCCCUCAACAUGCCACACCCCUCCACCCAGACCCCUCCACCCCAAACUUUCGAGGAUCUCAAUAACUAG